CAUCUGAACUGAAAGACAGAAAAAUGGAAAAAAUGAUGAAUGUCACGAAUGUCCCAGAUGGUCAGAGAGAACAUAAUAAGUGUGUGUGUGUGUGUGUGUGUGUGUGUGUUGGCCCCUGAUUACUCCCCCUCUCCCUGUAUCUGUAUCUUCCCAAACAUUUCACCUGCCAAUCAAACUUCUGAGGUCCACCCUCCUCCUCCAUCCCUCCCACCUUCCCUCCUUCUCUCCCUGUAGCCCUCCUUCUUGUUGCCAUCUACGUUUGGAGACGUUUCCAAAGCCUUUUAUUCCUCUCCUCGCCAUCUCUCUCUCCACUCUGUCACACCAUCCCACAGCCCCUCCCAUUGCCCCUUUAAUUGUCUCUUUACAACCGCUCUCCCCUUCAGUCCCACUCGGUGUGUAAAAUGAAUUUCCCCUGAGAAAUAUUUCUCACAAGUCGCACCUCAGCUGGAUAAAGACUCCUGACGCGACACGCAGCUGAGAGCGGAGUAUUUAGCCCGGUUCAAGAUGUGGAGGGUGUGUGUGACUGCGUGGUUGUGUGUUUAGGAAAUGAGGGGGGCGUGUGUUGGGUCGUGAAUGCAGUCCUCACAGUGAAAUCCAGAGCAACAGCUGGAUCAGCAGUCCGCCUGUCCCUCUGCGUCGCGCCGCAGGCUGUACAAGAGAGGCCCAUCACAUUAAGUCAGUCUAGUGGUGAGAUGGUCAUGAUGCCUUCACUGUCAGGGAUUGGAAGGACCGUUUUCUGUCUCCUUUUGCUCUGGAAGAGAACUGUGGGUCAAGAUAAAGAGGUGCGGUGCUCUGUGGCUGGUCCAGUGGGGGCGCUACACCCUGUUCAGGGUCUGCUGGAGACGUUUGAGGCAGGUCCAGGCUGUGCAGCGAGAGAACGUGGGAACAAGGAGACUCAUGUUAUUGCAGUGGGGAGAGUGACUAACAGCCCUGAAAACAAGGUGUCGGUGUUGCUGAAGCCUUUGUCUCUGUCCCCGUCACCUCUCAGACCUGUCCACCUGCUGCUCAGCUCCAAGCUUCCGGUCAGCUGGUGGCUGGAGGCUGAGAGACUGCCCCCCAGUCUCCCAGUGCUGGUGCAGGUGUCCUUAAACUCCAGCGUUCAGUCCAACACGCUGCGUCUGCAUGUCCAAACGGUGCCUUUGUUACCUUUCCGUCCACGUGUGCUGCACCGCUGGGCUCUGAAACACCAUGGCAACCUGUCCUCUCUAACACACACAACACAUGGCAACCGAGUCUACAUCCGACUGGGAGAGGAUCCAACCCUGCCUGCUGUGUGUCAGCUACAGACCAUGUUCCUCUCUCACAACUACCUGACCUCUGACCUGCAGCCACAGGAAGUGCAGGGCUGUGUCCACACUCAGACAGAUGGGAUCAGCCCUGAAGUCCAUGUGAUCAAGCUCCAUUCAGCAGGAUCAGGGCUCUGUGGCUCUCUGCAGGUAGAGGUGAUUGUCUCUCUCGUGCCUCCGGCGGGCAACUCAAAGGCGUCGAGGGUCAUACUGAUUCUCAGCAGCUCGGUGCCAGUCAACUGGGCCAUUGUUGCUCAUGGUGUCCGGGGUCAUAUCGCUGUUCAUUCCUCCAACAGUGUGUCCCCACCCUACCCUCCAGAGCCCGACCUGACCCUGUCAACUACUCUCAACUCUGACCUGUCCACCAUAUCUGACCUUCUCGCCUGGGCAAGUGACAGCGGCUACACCAAGGUGACCUCAUACACUGAGGCUGACCUGGCCAAUCGCUUUGUGAUCCAGCUGGCUGGGGGCGGGACAGACAUGCUCGGAGUGAUGAGUCCUCUGGUUGUGAGGCCUCCCUGGGCGGAGGAGCGCAGGCUGAGGCAGUGGCUCAGUGGUGGAGACAGAGCAGGAGGAGGCCAAGAGAGUUUCACAGUGCAGUGUGACGAUGGACGCCUCAGCGUGACCGUGGACCAACACAUCCUGCAGAGCUUGUCUGUCCCAGUGGCUGUUGUGACUCUGCAGGACCCGACAUGCCAGGCUCAGUCCAAUGGGAGCCAUUUCCUGUUGGUGUUCCCAGUCAUUUCCUGUGGGACUGAGGGUUUGCUGCUGGGACAGCCCAGAGGGGUGCAGUACAAAAACAUGAUGUUACUAUGGAGAGACAAGCCUCAGACCAUUCUGGCACUCAAUGAGACAGAGAGGAAGUCCAAAAGUCCAGUUGGCAUACAUUUCAGCUGUUUGGUUGCAGUCCCCAGCCCCUCUGGCCCUGCUGCAGGCACCCCUCCUCAGGAUGGGCUCGUCCCCUGGGCACCAGGGGAUGGAGGGCCCGAACCGGGGCUGAGCCGCCUCCCGACACCCAGACACAGAUCUGGGCCUGUACUUACUUUAAGACUUUUUGUCACCGAGAAUUACGAGCAGAAGCGGAUUGGCCCCUGUGUCGUCACUGCAGGCCACCGUGUCUAUGUUGAGAUUUCAGCCAAAGGGCCCCUCACAGAUGUUGUGGAGGUGAAGUCAUGUGUGGUCUCUCCUCUGUCAGACCCCAAAAAAUCUCCUUUCUGGACUGUCAUAAGCGACGGCUGUUCCUCAGACCCCUCUCUGACCCUCAGCGCAAAGACAAAAGACGUAGAGGAGGGAGAGGCUGAAGGUGACGGCGAACUGGAAGGGGAAAAGGAAGAGAUGGACAGGGACGGAGAUGUCUCUCUCCAACACAAAGCUGAAAAAAGGAGAGAGGCAUCUGUAUGGAUGGGAAGGAGUCGCUCAAGCAUGGGAACAGAGCAGGAGAUACAACCCUUGAGAUUUAGUUUCAUCCUGCAGCCGGUUCAUAAUGACUCUAUGCAGUUCCUCCACUGCAGCCUUCACAUGUGUGUCUCUGACUCUACCCAUGGGGAACCCAUGGAGGAAACAGCAAAGACUGAUUGUCAGGGCAGACUACGUAUUCCACCACUUAUAUCUAAGUCACCCAGACAUCAGUGUGAGAUUAGAAACCUGUCCAGGCCCAUGGUGGUCACGCAGUCUAUGAGUUCACUGGCAGCCAAACCACUGAGGCCCCCUGCUGGUCAAAGAACCAAGAGACUGAGCGUGUCUCCACUGACCAGUCCAGACCCAAAGCACAGCAGCUCUGUGUUGCAGACAGGACCAGUGAUGGGAAUUGUUUUUGCAUCCUUUGUGAUGGGUGUCAGCCUGAUGGGUGCGCUGUGGUGCAUCUAUAAUUAUACAGCUGCACGUCCAACAUUACUUGGAGGAGAAGCUCAUUUAACUGACCAGACUCAUGGAGGCCACAGCAUCUGGACUCCACCUUCACUGUCUGAUCAGUCCACCAGCUUAGUGUAGAGGAUUUCCUCCUGCAAAUCUGAGAGAGGAGAACUGGGACAGAGGUUGUAACAGCUUGUGUGUGAGCGAGGACACCUGCCUGCGUAUGUGCAGAGCCAUGUUUGUGCAGUUCUCCUCGCGAGUACUGUUCAUUGCUGUGCAGCAGAAAUGCAAGAGGACUGAAACCAUGUGAAUACAGUAGCACUUACUCAUUCGCUACAUUGUGACAAGUCAGGUGUUUGAUUCAAAGUGAAACAUUGUUUGUUUGAUGCUGAAAGCUAUCUACACCAAGUCAUUUCAGAACUGGCAGCCAAUCAUCACAUGGAGAGACGUUUAUCUGGAUUCAACAGGAUCUAAACUUGGUUGGAGUGACUCAGACAGAAACCACAUCAACAUCGACUUUAGAGAGAGAGAACACAAGGUCACUCUUGAUUCAAGAAGUCGCUGUCUGUGCCAGUUAAAAGAGUCUGUGUUUUUCAGAGUCAUUCGCUAUUUGUGUUGUUAACUGUGAAUCAGCCAGAUAUCAAAACUACAUCUAUCUGUAUGUGAACUCUUUUGUGUUUAUGUGGCAAAUAACACAUUUAAAACUGAGCUAUAAAUCAAUUCAGUCUUUUGCUCUCAAAUCACGUGAUCCAAAUAAAAAAGGAAGUUAAUGUGUUUUGAGUAAAACAUAUACAGUACUGUAAAAUAUAUUAAUUUAUUUGUUCAAAGCAGUGAUAAAUUCUUUUUGGCCUGUCAAGGGCAGCAGCUGUGAACACAGCAAUUUUCACCUAAUAAAGUUGAUGUGGCAACCGUG